AUGACGCAGAUGUCAUUGUGGGGUAACAUCUUCAUCAUCUACUCGGCCCCGUUGGCUCUCUUCUGGUUCAAUGUGCGCAAGAGCUCAAAGCUCGUCAUCAUCCUCAUCUCCAGUGCCUUCCUUUGGCUCGUGGCUGCACUUUUGACCGCCGUUGUUUGGGUUGCUGUCCCUCCCCUCAAGGAUGAUUACUGGUUUGCUUUGAUUGCCUCGGUCCUGUUACAAGAGCUUUUCCGCUAUCUGUGGUGGCGUCUCCUGCGCCGCACCGAACACGAUCUCAGCAUUCUUUCCCCCGAUGGCGAUGUCGUCAUCACGCGCGAAAAGCUAGCCAUGGUGUCUGGCCUGGGUUAUGGCCUCAUGUCCUCGACCAUGAUGACCUGCAACCUCCUCGACAUCAUGUCUGGUCCUGGAAUUUUGGCUGCACGUGGCUGCACCGACCAUAGCCACUUUACCAUCUCAUCUACAACGGCCGCCAUGAUCGGUCUGACCCAUGUCUUUUGGGGAAUCAUCGCCUUUUCUGGCUGGGAUAUUCGCCGUGCCCGUCGUGGCGCAUGGAGCUCGGGUGAUCUACGCGUGCUCUACGUCUUUUUUACGCAUCUGUUUGUUUCCCUGCUGACUCUGAACAACGAGCACCGGGGCACCUGUGCCGGCACGAUGGUGCCAAUUGCCCUGGUCAUGAUUGCUUCCGGCAUUUUUGCGUGGUUCGCCGCAGGCGUACGCUUUAAGCGCUCAGAAUAAUUGUGUCAUGUCAAUCAGCCUGGCGAUACGGUGCCUCUUUCCGCCCAAUCUCGUGGGCCUUGGUUUGACUCUGUUUUCGUCUAAUACAAUAGUGCAUGUCGUUCUUGUUUUUGUUGUGAUCGACCUCCCACUGCUGCGCGCUCGACCCUGUUUCCAGAUGCUACAGGAAGUCUUUAAUGGGCAUCACCGGCUGUGCUACUUUUGACUCGUGUGUGUGUGUGUGUGUGUGUGUGUGGCUUGGGAAAUGCAUCAUGAGCUUGGUCCCCGCCCGUCGUUGAGAAUCGUGGAUCGAGCAGAUUGUGGAUUUGUGCCCUCAUGCCGCUUUGCCGCUGUGCGGUCAAACUGCUGGCAUUGAUUUGCACAUCCUCGGUGGAGGCACUGCAAUUUCAUUGCUGCACGACCCCUUUCUUCCUUCGCCUGUGACCAUGCCUCUUGCCAAGUGCGUUUAACGUCAACCGAUCGGUCGGCAGGCAAUCAUAUUUAGUGUGGCGGCGUCAAUUAAACCACAAUCGGAACGGUCCUCUGAGCUCUGCCGGGUCGGCCAUGAGCCAAUAAACACAAACCAGGCGUCAGCACACAUCUGUUGGCUUACAGCCACGCUCCGACCUGAAAGUAGGGAUCCAUUUAUGGUUGGAGAAGCUCUUCUAGCCAAUGACCGUGCACGCUCGCUGCAAUGAAGGAGAAAGUGGGCGGGGAAUUGGCCGCGGCAUGACCUAGGGGUAGUGAUCUUUGUAUUGGGGGUCACUGUAGUGACAGUACUCAAAGUGACCAAAUUCAUAGCCGAAGAAUUCCGUGUUCUUGAGCCGCUGCUCUGCAAGCUCGAUCAUGUGCGGGCUUGGACAACAAUUGGGAGCCGAGCGGGCUGGCUGUGCAUACGAGGGCGCAUAGCGCAACCAACGGCGCUCGGUAACCAAACCUAAACGCUCCUUGUGGUGAUGGAGGACCCAGCUGACGUAACUAUUGUACUCGGAGAAUCCAAGUUGAAUGGCGUUGCGGGGCACUGUGUCGAGGACGCGAUAGACCCAGGCAAGCGGGUCCACGUCUGGUGUCAGGCCCAUUUGCUUCAGCAUGCGAAAGAGGAAGGGCUUGAAAACUGGUAGAUGGUGCACAACAUAAGUCUCCCAACGCGGGCCGUACAACAUGGGCUGCCCCGUUAGCUGGAAAAAGGAGGUCGCAUAACCGUGUACAAAGGCACCUCCCGUGUGUUGGCGAAUCUGGCCGUGGCGGUUGAAAUAGCGAUACUGUUCGGUCAUAAUCAUAUCGCUGUCCCAGAUCAGAAAGUGCUCACUCAAGUCAGGCACGCGUGUCCAGAACAGCAACUUGGCAAACUGUUGCAAAUACCAACCACCGAGGUUUUUGCCCUUGAAGCUGGGCAGAUCCGCACCGCGCUGUUUGAAGUACUCAUUCAGGACAGGAACGGACAUGCCAGGCACGAUGGUGUCUUCAGGGAUGCAGUGCACGCGUGUUUCAUAACUCUCAAAGAGUUUGCAGUGCUUGCCUGGGGUCACGAUGAAGAGGCGACGCGGCCCAAAAUUGUGGAUGGCCCGCUCAACCGCAGCCCGAUUGAUGCAGGUGGGCUUGACGGCCACCAUCAUCAUGUCGAGCUCGUAGGGUGGGAGCAAAACCGUGGGGAGAUGGGUAGGCCGGCCAUGAGGUUGUGCACUCGCCCGCUGCCGUUGCUGACGUGUGU